UAGGGCGUUGUGGGGGUGUUGCUUAACUUCCCCACACGUAACCGUACUCCCGAACCCAUAUCUCUUAACUGCAGACCAUAUCUCGGUUCUGACCCUAAGGUUAGAGCCGACCGAAGAGUGUUCGAUCCACUCCAAGUAAGAUCGAUGGCGACUCCCAAAAUGCCGACGCGACGACAUUCGGACCCCCGGACGGGACGGUUGCGACAGGCCUACGCCUUGGGGAUCCAGUAUCACCCAUCUUCCCGCCACGUGAUCGAGGUCCCGAAUCCAACAGACUGGAACAUGGAUGAGUUCUACUUGCAGAUUGCCCGGCGCGCCUAUGCGUUCGACUACUUCGACGCUGGCAUGACAUACGUCCACACCCUCAAGCCUCAGUGGCACAUCCUGAACCUGCUCAUCACCCGCUCCAUCGUCCCCAACGUCACCGGCUCGCACAAGAUUCCGAAGCGGGUGCUCUAUGCCAUGUACUCGAUGAGGGACCCAGAUCACAUGCUGCAUUUGGGUUCCUUCGUGGCCACCACCUUCUCUCGAUGCCACGGGAAGCCCAACCAUCUCUACUGUGGUCCCCUGAUCACCCGUCUAGCGCGCCAUUUCGACAUCAGCUUCCAGGGGCUCACAGAUUCUUCUGCACGGGGCGGCUCCACCCCCCUCAGCCGGGAAGUGCUCCACAAUGCACUCCUCCUGUCCAUUGAUGGCACCUGCUCCACUGUGGAUGGGCUUUCCCUGCCUCCUGACGAGGAUGUUGAUCUCGAUGAAGAUGAGGAGGACGAUGACUAUUCUGGCGAGGCGGAUGAUGAUGAUGAUGAUGGCGGGGCCAUGGAUGCUGAUGAGCCGGAGCCCCCACUAUCUCCACCAAGGGACCUUCGGCCAUGACGGAGAUCAGAGAGAGGCGAGUCCUCCUCCGGUCCUUCUGGUCCGUCGAUGGCUUCUGGCCCGUCGAUGGACUUCUUCACGGAGCAGUUUCAGCAGAUGGGGCUCCCGUUCCAGCAGCUCAUGGACCAUCAGGUCCAGUUCUACCAACAUUAUUCGGCCCACCAGGCCAAGUACCAGUCCAGGUUGACGGUUGUUGACGAGCGCCUCAGCCGCUUAGAGACCCAUAUGGGAGUCACGGGUGCUCUCAUCGAGUGGGAGAGAGAUCGAGGCCGCCGAUUGAUGGAGUACUCGGAGCACCUGCUCCAGGCUUGUCCCCCACCAGAGGAGCACCACUGGACCACCCGGUGGGAUCAUUCGCCACCACCACCACCACCACCAAAGGAUGGAGACGACAACCUCAUGAACCAGAUCGACUCCACCGGUCUAGGAGGCCCCUAGUGGCAUGUUUUCAGUGUUUUUGUUUUUGUCAGCGUGCAACCUGUCUUGUGUCGGUUUAGUUUCUCUCUUUUUAUUUUGGAUGCUGUACUAUUGGGCUGACCAUUGGACCUAACGUAUUGUGUUUGAGCUCUUUGGUUUCCUUUAGCUGUGCUUGUUCUUGACUGGUCUUCCCUUCCCUCUUCUCCAUUGAGGGCAAUGUCGAUCUUAAGUGUGGAGGGGAUGUUUAUCUUUUGACUGCGUUAGAUCUGUUUGUGUGCUUGGAGCCUAGUCCACUGUCCAAAUUUUUAAAUUUGAGGGCUCCAAGUACGUGUUCCUUGCAAUUGCCUGCUUAGUAUGCUUUGAAUUGACAGUCUCUAUAGUAAUGUGCAACCUAGGGAGGUAGUGUAGCACUAUGGAGGAUGUUGAUGCAUUUAAGAAGUCUCCUUUCUUCUUCAUAUUGUGUUGGUUGAUUGUGUGAAUUAGUGAUCCUAGGACUCUUGAAUUGUGUGGUGAUGUGGACUCUCUACCUGUCAUGGACUCCUGUAUCAUGUUUUUGAAAUAAAAGGUGCUCGAAAAGGUGCUUUAAAAUAACGUCUCCCGUGCGAAUAGGGCGAAAGUGUGUAAGUGGAGAUGGGAAUCCGUUCCCAAUUUCCACCUACUACCUCCAGCCCCCUUACAUGUAUUUCCCGCACGAGGCUCGAGACAUCCGCUCCUGGCAUGGCCGGUAAGAGCCGGGCUCCCGCAAAACCUCUGCUAGGUGGGAGCCCCCAUUUUCUGAAAAGCAGGUUGGGACCCUUGAAAGAAAAAAAAGAAAAACAAGCAAAAAAGAAAGAAAAGGGGUUCCAACCAUCUUCAAGAAGAAAAUAGAGCACCUGGAAAAAAAGUGAGUCCAUUAUCUUUUGUUUUUUAGAGUCCGUUGUCCACGAUUCAUUUGUCCUCUGUUCACUAUUUGCCAUGAUGCCGACUCGAGACUAGCGCUCUCGCCGAAGAAGCUAUGAGAUGACUUGGUCGUCGGUUGACCUCGUAAGCUGCUAAAUGAUAUAGGAAAUCCUCUACCUAUGAUCGGGGUUGUUGGUUGCUAUAGAGGUCUGGAGAGUUGCAUUGGUUUGAGUUAGGUUUGCUUGGGGACAAGCAAACGGUUAAGUGUGGGGGAGUUUGAUAGACCAAUAAUUACACCGGUUUUUA